AUGGGGGAAAUGGAGCAGAUGAAGCAGGAGGCCGAGCAGCUGAAGAAGCAGAUUGCGGAUGCCCGGAAGGCCUGUGCAGACACAACGCUUGCUCAGAUUGUGUCUGGAAUGGAGGUUGUUGGGCGCAUCCAGAUGCGGACCCGAAGGACCCUGCGUGGGCACCUGGCCAAGAUCUACGCCAUGCACUGGUCCACAGACUCCAAACUUAUGGUCAGUGCCUCACAAGAUGGAAAACUGAUUGUGUGGGACACAUACACAACUAACAAGGUCCAUGCCAUCCCUUUGCGUUCUUCCUGGGUCAUGACCUGUGCCUAUGCUCCGUCAGGCAAUUUUGUGGCCUGUGGGGGCCUUGACAACAUGUGCUCCAUCUACAACCUCAAGACUCGAGAAGGCAACGUCAAAGUGAGCAGGGAGCUUUCAGCCCAUACAGGUUACCUCUCCUGCUGCAGAUUUCUUGAUGACAACAAUAUUGUGACUAGCUCAGGAGAUACCACGUG